CUAUUUCGUAUGCCUCUACUGUGUGGAAUUUUAAAGUUAACUUUCUCAAUCGAUCGAUUUGCAAACUGUCCUUGGCAGGUUCAUGCUCUGUCAACAUAAUUUCAUCCUUGGUUUUUGGAAUGUUUUGGUGGUUCUUUCUUUAUAUUAAUAUUGUUUGCUUCUUUGUUCUGUAACUGUGUGCAUGGGUUUCCUCAAAUUUACAGCGGUGUUUCAGGAUACUGUAAUUUAUUAAAGCCUGAUCCCUUACAUUUCUAAAAACCAUCUAAUGUAUAAAAAAAAGUGAUCCAGUGGGCUGCUGUAAUAAAAGCAUAAAUUCGUCAUCACCUCCAGGAACUCCCUCUGAGAAAGAGAGCGUGGUGUGUAUUUGCAUAAGAAAGCCUGUCGCCCACAAUAAGAACAACACCAAGGUCACCCAACACAUGACGUGCUAUGCAAGGUGUACAGACGGUACGGGCGUGGUGUGUGUAUGAACCGUAUUGCCUACCUGUGGGCUAGGAUCGAUGGAGUUGCAUGGAGGCACUCAGGCGUAACACUGGACCGAGUCAGCGUUUGUUCAUUUAACCAUUUUCAUACCAUCCGCCAUGUUGUCGGUAUUUUGAAAACAGUCGAUGACAGCCGCAAUCCGAAAACGCACCGUGAUAUCUGUGGAAAAUCGAAUAGUCAUCUUUCCUAUAAACGAUAUUCACGUUCAAUUAUUUCUUUAUAGAAGGGUCUUUCUGUCACAACCGUCGGUUACGUGAUUUUUGGUUUGUUCGCAUGCUGGGAGCACCCUUUGGACAUCGCGUUAAUACAUUUCCAGAUUACCAAGAAUAUCGGGCUUGAUCUCAAUACACAGAAGAUCCGGUCACAGAGUCACAAUGGACAGCCAUUGAAGGAGAUUCGACAAGUCGGUUUCUAUCAAGAACCAACCCAGCGAGUGUCUGUCGUCCUUAAACAAAGGCAACAGGUAGCGUUUGUCUCCAGCUGUUUGGGAUAACGCAGCGUGAAUUUAUAGCAUGGCGAACACGGACAUCAAUGGCUCCGACGGAGGGUCAGUAGGAGAUGGGUCCCAAGCGCCUGCUCCUAGUGGUAGUCAGGCGGGGAGGAGGUACCGAAAAAGAGACCAGAAACGCAGCAGCACACAGUCCGGGGACUCGUCAUCAAACACGUCUCAGAAGGGCAUGGGGAAUGAGGAACUUCAAACUGAAGGUGAUGUCGAAAUACAGAGAAUUAAACUUAAUCGUUUGAGUGACUACGAAGUGGACAAUGUCAAGAUGGCCAACGUCUUCGGCUCGCCUCCAGCAAUCAAAGAGAAGCAAGUCAGUAGUUCCAUGCGACUCAACCCCCUCUACGACCAGAACGGGACCGUGGAGGUGACAGCCGAUCAAGCUCAGGUGGCCAAGGUCGGCGACAUCAGCCAAGAUUCCGUGGCCAGUCAGAAUAGUGCUAAGGCAGGCAAGAGCAAAAAAGGCACCUACAAACGGCCCAAGAAGGACCUCGACGAGGACGCGGAGGAGGUUCCUGACGAAAGACCACCAGAGACCAAGAUAAACUACAGCAAAAACUUCAGGUUUGGGAAACGACCACCAGACGGGCAGAACGGUGCAGCAAACGGCGUGAAGAAACUGACUUCCUUUGGAGUCGUCAUGCCAUCAAGAGUGAAACAUAAUACCAUGCCCAAAGAUCAGCUCGUAGCAGCGGGGGGAGGGCCCAGCCAAUAUGCACUAGGGGCACAGACUGACGUCAAAUCCAAGACUGACAUCGAAGCAGCAAGCCGACGCCAUGAGAUCCGAAGAAGAUGGAGAUACGUCAUCAUUCUCAUCCUCAUCAUUCUCGUCUUUGGUCUCAUUCUUACCGUGGUGUUGUACUUUGCGACGAGGCAGUCAUAGAUAUUGUGUCUUACGCUUUUUCUGUAUGACAUCUCAGCCGCAUACUGCAUUGUGUACAUGUAUACAACAAUAUAACGCAAAGCAUUAAAAAGAACAUUUUUAAUUCUGUCAGUAAUGUGUUCUACCUCAACAACAUUCUGGCAGAUGUGCAUGCAUUCGUCUGGUUUCCUUCUUACACAACAACGAGGCAAUCUCUCAAUUGUCACCACUUUGGGGUGCAGGUUGGAAAUUAAAACGAGAAAGAAAAUACAUGUACGUGCACUGUAUAGGUUAUUUAAUAGCUUAUAAACGUCUCAUGCCACUAUCACUGGCGUGUCCAAUCAGCAUGUUUCUGAGUCUUUGACCACCGACAUUACGGAGGUCAAAGGUCUUUCUCUUGAUUCAGAGGAUUCUCAAACCUGGUUGCAGGGGAACCUCUUGAAUGUAUCGCAGUUCUAAACAGUCACGAUCCUCAUCUUAAGUUACAACAAAAUGCGAAUUUAAUAUUUUAACCCAAUUAUAAAUGCAUAACUCGAGGCUGAUGGAAUUUGUUAUCGUGAAAAUAUCUGUAAUAAUAUGUAAAAAAAGUAAAGGCUAUUCUAAAGAAUAUGUUUCACAAGAGUAAAUUCCACUUUUGAUAUUUUGAAUACAAUGUAAGUUUGUUGUUUAGUUGAGAACACUUCCAGCUAGUCACCAAUGUGAAUUUUCAAUUCAUAAUUUCUCUAAAUUCAGUGAUUACACCUUUAUACUUGUUAUUCUAUUUUUUGUACUGUUUCCACUCAUGCCAAACGAAAUGUACAUGUAGCAACAUAUUCUGGGAUACUGACACUCCAUUACACACACGCUUAAUAGUCUGCAUGUUUGCAAAGUCGUAUCAAAAUUAAGAGGUCAUCAAAUUUCGAGGAAGCAACGGACCAAUAAAGAUCGUAUAAAGUGAACUUAAAGCAGGGAACUAUUUCUUAAUAAAAAUAUCACCACCAGAUUUGAGUGUUAUUCAUCUAAAUCGAUAUUAUCAUCAGGUUUUAACAAAAUUGUUUACUUACUAAUGUAAGACUUUCUUUGAAGAGUGAUUAAUAUACUUCCUUUAAAAAGUACUUUUAAAUGCUUCAGAAACUAGGAAGCAAUCACAGAACGACGUAAAUGUGUACUGUUGUGGGCAGAAAUAUUGUGUAGAUUAACCUCAAAUGCUUAGAAAUAUUUUGAAUUUUUUACCAUUGAGAAUGUCUUUGAGCAUUUACAUGUAUGCCCUUGCUUCAUGUUAAAAUUGUAAAUGUGCAUGUAUUCUUGACAAUGAAAUUGAACUUUUACACAAGGCAUGUUCUCAGUGUUUGUUAGGAUUUAAGAUCUGCAUGUUUCCUUUUUUAAAGUGUAUGCUUAAUGGUGAAAUGCCUCGGCCACGCAACAUACUACAUGUAUGUGGGCUGGCCCUUUGAAGUGUUUAUACUGAAGUGAACACUUUUCUGUUUUGUCACAGGUAAAUAGAAUAUUGUCAAACUUUCUGUAAAAACAUCGGUUGAUAUUUUUGCUCUUACAGAUUGUCUUUGAAAUAAGUAAAUUACAUGUACACGAUUACAGAAUUGCAUGUAUUUUUUAUUCAUUCAGAUAAACUUAUACAUUUUUAUUUGCAUUACAUAUACAAACACAAAAUUUGUAUUUCAAAACGCGAUGCUAGAGUUAUUCAGAGGGUGAUUUAUUAAAACAAAAUUAAAUUUUA